AUGAUUGGUGAUAAUAAUUCAAUAAUAAAAGAAGAUGAAAUCAAUGAUUUGUCAAUAACAAAAACGAAUAAUGAAACAAUUAUUAAACGUAAUGAUGAUUUAUAUAAAUCAUCAAAUAAACGUAAACAAAUUAAACCAAAUCGACUUACUAAUGAUGAUGAAGGAAUUCCGACUGAUUUAACCAAUGGUCAAUCAUCACCAUCUGAUGAUCUUGAACAACAACAAUAUUCACCAACAAAACAACAAGAAGCUUAUUGUAGUUUAUGUGAACGUUCAUUUUGUAAUAAAUAUUUUCUUAAAACACAUUAUGCAAAAAAACAUGGUGGACUUAAUCUUAUAUCUCCAUUAUCAAUAGAAUCAAAUAAUAAUAAUAAUCAAAUAUUAUCACCAUCAUCACCAAAUCUAUCCAAUGAACAACCAUUACCAUUAAUUGUUAAUCAAAAAUUAAGUGAAGAUUAUUGUGAAAUUUGUCAAAAACGUUUUUGUAAUAAAUAUUAUCUUCGUAAACACAAGGGUGAAUGUCAUGGUGUCUAUACAGAUUAUAUAAAAUCAUUACAAAAAAGUGCUAAUGAAAGCCCGGUCAAAAAUAAUAAUACUAGUCGACCUAUGCAAGUACCAUCUAAUACUUCAAAUAUGCUUUUAAUAAAUCCAUUUUAUCUUCCAUCAACAACUACAACAGAUAUUAAACCAAUUUUUCCUACAAUAACAUCAUCACCACCAUUAAAUAAUUUACCAAAAAUUGAUACAACAAAAAUUUCUUCACAACGAACUAUUCGUCGUUGUAAUGUAUGUCAACAAGAAUUUCGAAAUAAAGCUCUUUUACGUAUGCAUAUGAAUACAUUUCAUUCAAAUGAAACAAAUAAAAAAAAAAAUCUAAAUUUAAAUUUAAAUAAUGAUAAUAAUAAUAAUAAUAAUAAUAAUAAUUCUAAAUCAAAUAUAAAACAAUCAACAACACCAACAUUACCAAUAUCACCAUCAAAUAAUUUAGGAUUUUUACAACCAUAUGUUGAUACAACUAGUCCACUUGCACAUAAACUUGUUACUGGUCAAACAUCACAAACAUCAUAUGGUAUUCUUCAUGAUUCAUAUUUUUGUGCAAAAAUGGCUGAUCGUGUUGUUUGUGAAAUAUGUAAUAAACAAGUUUGUAAUAAAUAUUUUCUUAAAACACAUAAAGCUAAAGUACAUGGAAUAAUUAAUGGAACAAAUAAUAAUUCAAAUGGAAAUAUUGAUAAUAUACCAUCAACUAUAAUAUCAACAAAUAGUUUACAACAAACAUUAUCAACAGAUGUAAUUAAAUCACCAACAAUAGAAAAUCAUCAAGAUGAACUAAUAGAGAAUGAUACUGAACGUACAUCGCCUGAAUUAAAUGAUAUCAAUGAAUCAAAUAUUGAAAAUCCAGAUACAUAUUGUUCUAUAUGUAAAAAAGAUUUUUCAACAAAAUAUUUAUAUUUUUUUCAUAUGCAAACAAUACAUAAUGAUACAUCUGAUCCAACUUAUAAAACAUUAAUACAAUUUAUGAAAGCAGCUACAACAAUGAAUGAACAAUCUGUACAAAAUCCAUUUUUAUCUUUAGCAACAACUCUUGGAAAUCAAUCAGUAAAUAAAAUUGAACAACAACAACAACAACAACAACAAGAGAGUGAAGAUGAAUCUGAUGGUAAUAUUGAACAAUUAAAACGUAAAAGAAGUUUAAGUCAAUCAUCAACAGAUUCAAAUAAACGAAUAAAUUCAUUAACAGAAACUAAUGGUGGUUUACAACCAUUUUUACUUGAAAGUGAAGAUCCAAAAUUUGCACAUACAUUUGUUCCUUGUAUGGUUUAUUUACCUGUUAUACGACGAGUCACAAAACAAGUCAAAAUUAAUUUACGAUUAAAACCUGUUUUAGCUGACGUUUCUUCUUAA